CACUCUUCUUCUUCUUGUAUACUUCGCCAUGACCGACAUCGUCACUGCUACUCCGAAAACUUUUGCCAACAACUUUUGGGGCAAAGAUGACCUCGGAUACGAUGUCUUGACCCAAAAAAUGAAUAACGCCAAAAAAACAUUCGAAGAACUCAAAGCGUUCUACAAUGUUCGAGCUUCGCUUCACGAAGAAUACGGCAAGAAGCUAUUGAAACAUCUCAAAUCAGGGCUUGGGAAAGAGGAAACAGGGACAUUGAAAGUUCUACUUGCUUCGGCUCAUAAAGAACUGGAAAUUACGGCUCAGGCCAAUCUCGAAUUGGGACAGAAAAUACGCACCAUUCUUGAAUUAUCGUUGGAUAACUUCAUCCUCGAACAAAAGGAUCGUAGAAAAUUGGUUCAAACCAAUGUUGAUAAAGCCCAUCGAAACAAGCAACUGCAUACGAGCCACGUCGCAAGGGCAAAGGAAAAGUACGAAAGCGAAUGUGCGAAAAAAAUUACUUUAGAAGGACAGCUGGCAAGUGCCAGUUUGCGGGAAGCCGAACGACUCCGCCAAAAGAUUGAUCGAUGCACGCAUGAAAUAGCAACGCUCGAACUAGAAUAUAAAAAUGCAUGUCUCAAGCUGGCUGAUGCCACUGCGAUCUGGAAGGCGGAAUGGAAAAUUGCGUGCGAUCGAUACCAGGAAAUGGAAGAGAAACGGGUGGAAUUUCUUCAUCACAGUCUGAGCCUCUAUGUAAAUAUACUGUCCACAGCUCUUGGAAAGGAUCAGGAGUCUUAUGAUCGAUUUUGGAAAUCACUGGACCAAUGCGACGCACGAAAAGAUAUUGACAUCUUCAUCGAAACAAAAGGCACAGGACCAAUGAUACCAGAGGCCCCAGAGUAUGUUCACUAUAUGGAUGAUCCCGCCAAAACAUUACCGAAAUAUAGUAUAGCGCAAUUUCCCGAUAUGGAUACCUUGCAAAACUGUGAACCUGUUGAUACCCCGCAUCCACCGCCGCCGUCGAAAGAACCGGCAGCCGUAAUCAACAACGUGGUAAGAAGCCGGUCUUCCACACGAAAAAGUAAACCAAACGAAGCUUCACCACCUAGCACAAAGGUCAAACGAGUCCCUACCGUCACUCAUUCCGUAAAGCGCAUUCCCACUGUCACAUCAAAGGAAUCAUCACCAAGGAGAAAAUCCGUGGAACGCACAUCGUUGGUCAGCCAUGCGCCGGAUGGAUACAUCAAAGAGGCACCGAAAGCUUAUCCUUGUGACAGCCCCUCCGAUGACGAGCUAGAUGAGCCUAUCGAUCCCAGAGCCAAAGUCGUGUUUGCUAUCGGCAAUAAUAUGUUCGACGUUGAUCAUCAAAAGGGUAGCAAACUACAAGCGGCGAAUACAACACGGAAACCCAACGGCCUGGAUGAGGCUUUCAAUAUCUCUAUCAAAGACCUACUUGAAGAAUUGGGUGUGUAUAACUCCAGCAAUGACCCACAGCCUACAGUCUCUCGAAGAAAAUCAAAAUCCGACACACAGAUGGGCCGUCCUAGCAAAAUAGCCGAUCGUCGCGCCAGUCUCAUCCAGGGCGAUAGUGUAUCGCGACAACCAUCAGCGAAAGCAGUGACCAACGAUAUUCAAGGAUCCGCGGUGCCGUUUGCUCCCCCCAUAACAGCGGCAGAUUUGCAGACGCAAGGGCAUCAUAUCAUUGGUUGGGCUCGUGCAUUGUAUGAUUAUCGAGCGGAACAGGCGCACGACCUCAGCUAUACAAGAGGUACAUGGUUUGCCAUCACAAGGACAAAUCCAAAUGGAUGGUGGUGGGCCUAUCCGUGGGAUGAAAUGACAGGCGAUUUAUCAGGAACGAGUGGCUAUGUAGCAAGUAACUUGUUGGAGUUGGUGGCAUAACGCCGAAUCAUAAACCUUGGGAUGAUCUAUCAAGCGCCUCACAAACUGUAAAGACAUGCAUGUAGAAACAACCAUUAACAUACAAAGAUAAAGAUACCAUUAUGACCCGUUGGUUCUGUUGAAUGAAUAAUUGGCUUCUUGU